GGUGAGCCCCAGUGCACUGUAGACAAUGACCUGGCAAGCGAUGCGCACUCGAGUCUGAUCAUCAUCAGCAGGCUCGAACACACUGCCUGUGUGUGUGUGUGCGCGUCUUACAUCCAUUUGUAAUUACUGUUGUUCUGUGUUAAUUGUUGAUCGUUGAGAUAGACUGGAGGAGAAUACGUCAGCUCAUUCGCUUUCACUCGGGAUAAUAGGUGCACAUUUUUUUUUUUUGGUGCGGGUGGCUGAAGAGCUGUAGGCUACCGCUAGCUGCUCCCGACGACCAAUUAAGACAAUUAAAGCAAUUAAGACUGUCAUUCUGGAUGAGGAGUUGCCCAUGCUGUGCGGGUCGUGGGGGUUAUUAUUAUUCGACCAUUCUUCAUCACGGCUGGUCGGCUCCAGUUGGUGAAGUUGGUAGCAGGCGGGCAAUACAGAGACGUGGGAGCAUAGGCGGUGCAGUACAACCGCGUUGUGGUCAUGGAGGAGCUCUUCAAGGUGGUGGUGGUGGGAGAGGUACAGGUGGGGAAGACCUCGUUUGUGCAGAGGUACAGCCGCAACGCCUUCACGGAGAAUUACCGCAUGACCAUGGGAGUGGACUUCGCCUACAAAGUCCUCAAGUGGACAGACACGCAGACGAUUAAACUGCACCUCUGGGACGUGGCAGGCCAGGAACGAUACAUGAGCGCCACGAAGCAGUUCUACCGCGGGGCCUCGGGCUGCGUGGUCAUCUACGACCUCACGUCGCGUCAUUCGUUCAACAGGGCGCUCCUCUGGAAGGAGAGCAUCGACGCGCACGCCAGCCUGCCCGACGGCAGCCCCGUGCCGUGCCUGCUCCUGGCGAACAAGAGUGACCUGUCGGAGCGGGAGGUGAGCGCCGCGGACAUGGAGCGUGCGUGCCGUGAACACAAGUUCCUCGCGUGCAAGGAGAUCUCCGUGAAGAAGAACAAGAACAUUGGUGACGCAAUGAGGUGUCUGGUGGAGGCGAUGAUGGGAUGGGUGGCCAAGAACUCCUCGCAGAGCUUGGAGCAGGACAAUGUUCAGCUUAACGACGAGAAGGCCUCUUGGUCGUGCUGCAGAUGAAUGCACCGCGACGUCCUCGAACUUCUGGGUCCUAACUCAAACACUCACGCCAUUGGCUGGCUCCCCGCUCCCUCCUGAGGACUUGCGCUCAUCUCUUGUGUGCGUCACACCGGCUGCUGCUGUUGCUGCUGCCUGGUGCUGCACAACACCACUGCACACACACACACGACUCGCGAGUGAGAGCAAGUUCUAAGAUGAGAGGGGGGCAGGCAGGUCGGAGGACUGGACGCUGGGAUUUAAGAGGCGCACCGAGCGAGGAGCGUAACUGCUUUUUGUGUUUAGUUUGUUGUCCUUCCCCCGCACCUCCGAUUAGCACGGUUGGCUACUUACGGUUCGAAAGAAGUUCAACACACACACGUGGUUGUCAUUGAGCCCUGGUGCGAGGAAUGAAACGGGGCCACCCCCUGUACGAUCCAACCCCUUCCCCCAUUCGCCCCUCAUUAUCGGCUCGGAAGGGAAGAUCGUUGGAGAUAGGGUGGUAGGGAACAUCCAAGGACAAAGUCCAUGUUGAAUGUACUAAACCUUCUUUAACACUGCUCGAGCAUUGGAACAUGAGUGAAAUAGAUGUAACCAACGAUGUAGAUAAUUAAGGCAUUUGGCCACGCUUUACCAUGGCUUGCUUUGGCUAGUGACAAAAACCAAACCGAAUGUUCCUGCCUCUCUGCCUUACGUAACUUACACAAUGUGUGAAUCAGAACCAGGGGCAGACUUCUCGUUCUUGGCUACCAACACCAAUACCCGCCAUUCGCCACGAAGGCCCGGUGGACUUUGAGGCCACGUGAAGUGUCGAAGGCUCGCUGACAGGAGGUCACGGGUCAGAGCCGGGCACACACCAAGGGCGGCCGAAUGAGGAACAGGAGGAGCCUGUGCUCCGCGAUGACGUCAUUGCGUCUGAACCGCGUAAAUAUAAAUGUGUCACGUAAACAAAACACGCCAAUUCGUUACUAGUUUAAUGACAGAAGCCAAUAUGUAGCCUAAGGGCUAUUUAAAAAAAAACAAAGGUCUGCGACUGGUAGAAAGGGGCCUCCACGGUGAUUGGUCGGGAGGCAGACUUUGAAAGGGAUUGGAGGAAUAAGAUUUGAACGGGAAACAGAGAAGAUCCAUUAUAGGGGAAGGAUAGGGAUUGGCUAAGAAAAAACAAGAUCAAGAAGGUUCUAGAAAGGGGGCCCCGAGGAGUACAAAGGGGAGAAAGCACGAGGAGUUGGGAUGUUCGAAGGAAGUUACGAGCUGAAGACAAAACGAAGCCUCGGGCCCCAUUUUGUGGCUGUGUUCCAACAAAGUCGCUCUCAUUACAUCGUCGUCAGAGUCGCUACACUCGUACAGCACACCGGUGUGUUAGAGAGUAUACCCACAACAUUUCCAAUUUGAGUAAGACGUUUGGCCAGUAACUACAGCUAGCAUCAUCAGGCGACAGCCACAUUUUGCUGUCGCCUGAUGAUGCUAGUUGUAAUUACUGGCGAAAAGGCACGGUACUCGAAUUGUAAAUGAUGUGGGUUUACUCUCCAACACACCGGUGUAGUGUACUAGUAACGAAUUGGUAUGUUUGUAUUACGUGACAAAUCUUACUAAUUUGCUAUGUCAGGUGGUGGCGGAUUUAGCGACACAUUUACGCGAUCUAACCCCCACCCCAAAAAACACCUCUAUUAUGGAUAAUAUUGGUCGCGAAAGCCCACGGCGCUUUAAACCGAAAAGCCUUUUCGGCCAACGUGAUGACGUCACGCACCAUGCAGACGCCUUUAACGAUGGCGUCUUCUUGAGCGUGACUUCAUGCCCAGGUGCAGGACCCAUAUCAGUCUCGGUUCGCCCCCGUACUCGGAGGACGCCGUUAAAAUUAAUUGCUUGCAAGGUUAUGGGGAGAAAAUACGAGUUUUUUAACGAAGUUGAGUUGUGCGACAUUUGCCGAAAUAAACAGCUUAGCUGAUUGUGGUAUGAGAUAUGCUUGGGAUGUAGCCAUCAGACUGUAAUGUGUUUGUAUAGCCAGUGGAAAAACGUGUUUGAAGUGGCCUGAUUUAUGUUUUAGUGUCCCGAUGUGCAGUCUUCAGAAUUUAAAUAUAAUGAUUGAGCAGCACGUUUAACAUGAAGAUGAUAAGAGAAUCAUUGAACGUAUUUAAAUAUAAUUGCGUUAUCAUUUUGACGAACAAAAGAUAAAUGGUCGCCUCCUGUCGCGUGCGAUAAUUGUUAGAACAUCAAACGACUCGAUUCUAAGUCACGACUUCUUGCGUCUGAAAGCACUUCACAAUUAAUUUUAAAGAACAUUUCUCAAUAAGGUUCAGGUGCCAAUAGCCAUGCACGCUCGCUGCGGUGGUGAGAUGUUAUCUCCCUCGCCUGGCAUGCAGGAGGUCAUGGGUUCAUCCCGACCCUGGCUGGCGCCUGCUGUAUACUUGGAGUUUGCGUCUCUCUCUCUCCCCGUGGUCGCGUGGAUUUUUCUCGGGGUCCUUCGGUUUUUCCCUCCGCAUUUAGAAUCAACAUCACGCGUUCAGAGUAUUUGGUUGCUAUUAAUGGCCACAUAAGCCACUUUCGAUUUAAAGCUUUCGUGACUGCAGGGAUUCAUCUUCUUGGUUCUUUCGGUAAAGUCACGUAGAAGGGAAAUAAUAAAAUAAUAAAAAUAAAACAUAAUAAAAUAAUUCUCACGACAGUUUCGGCCACAACGCAAGCAGCCGUCCGGCUUAUGUGUCAUUUUUAUUAUUUUAUUAUUUCUCUUCUACGUGACUUUACCGAAAGAACCACGGAGAUAAGCCACUUUGUUGAGCUCUCAUCUGUGGUCAAGUCGCUUCUGAAAAAGAGCUACACAACUGAGUGGGCAUUACCUGGUAAAAUAAAAACAAAUAAUUGUUGUAAUAGUUUCGUUCAUAAAUGGGGCCCCCUGAUCAAUUAUCUCCCCUCUUCAAAGCCCAGCACCCGCGCCCCUCUGGUCUGUGUGCCCCGGUGCAGUUUCACCGCCGGCGCACGAAUCGAGAGCUCCACCACCGCUCUCAGGGCUGGAGUCCCUCUCCCGAUCACAACUGGGUUGUCCACAUUCGUGCGCAGUGAAGGAUGUAGCCAAGUGUUUGAUUUUCCAUAGGAUGUGCUGAUGUGGCGCGUUUAAUUUUACCCGUCCAGCUGUUCUUUGUGCCUGUUAAUAAACACGCUGGGUUAAAAAAAAGUCAACAGGGGUGUCCACAUCCUUUAUUACAGAAUUAGAAUAAGACAGCCGUUUGAACUGCUGACAUGUUAACAUAUUCCUUUAAUUCUUAGG